CAUAUAUCUCUCUCUAAAACUCAUCUCUCUCUGUCGACUGGGUUUACGAUCUUUGCUGCCAAAAAGAGAAGGGUCUCUCGAGACAAGUGUUAGGAUUACAAAGACAACACCAUCUUCCUCUUCUCGAUACGACACGACCCUCCGUCAUGUCUCCUCCUUGCCACGUUUCAUCACUCUUUUCCACUAUAUAUACACACUCACACAUUUCCUCGUAUCUUUGCCUUAUCACUCACCAAAAAUCAUCUAUAACAACUCAAUCGAGCUGUUAACAUCAGCAUAUGUCAUCCAUAGAGCCAAAGGUAAUGAUGGUUGGUGCAAACAAGAAACAACGAACGGUCAACGCUAGUUCGAGGAAAGGCUGUAUGAGAGGAAAAGGUGGACCUGAGAACGCGUCAUGCACUUACAAAGGCGUUAGACAACGCACUUGGGGCAAAUGGGUCGCUGAGAUCCGUGAGCCUAACCGAGGAGCUCGUCUUUGGCUAGGUACUUUCGAGACCUCCCGCGAGGCUGCCCUGGCUUAUGACUCCGCAGCUCGUAAGCUCUAUGGGCCCGAUGCUCACCUCAACCUUCCUGAGUCCUUAAGAAGCUACCCGGAGACAGCGUCGCCUGGGACACAAGUCUCCCAAACGCCAAGCAGCAACACGGGUGAAAAAAGCAGCGAGGAGUCGCCUAGUUCAUCCAACGAGAUGUCAUCGUGGGGAACAAGAUCGGAGAUAUCAUGGGAGCAUAUGAACGUUGAUUUGCCGGUAACAGAUGAUUCUUCUAUAUGGGAAGAAGCUACAAUGUCACUAGGGUUUCCAUGGGUUCAUGAAGGAGAUGAUGAUAUUUCUCUUUUUAAUAGUUGUAUUUCCGAUGGCUAUUCUAAUUGGGAUUCCUUUCGUUCACCACUUUGAGGUUCACUAAACUCUCUUAGCUAUUAAGACUUAUCGUAUACAAUAUACAUACACAAAGUAGUCAUUGUGAUAUAGGAAUAUGUGUAAAUAUACAUCAGCUCCGUGUAAACUAUAUAUAUAUAUAUGUACAUAUAC